AUCUGUCAUUUUCAACCGCGAUCAGCCAACAAAAGCGCUUUUUUCACGCAAGCAUAAGCGCGUAUCAGGUACAUGUAGCGCUGAAAAAUUGAUCAGGGGCAAACAAUGGGGGCUUUGCAUAAUGUAGUUAAGCUAGCGAUUCUGUGGAAACAUGUGCGUUCUUUUGCGCCGGGUGGGGCGUAGCGGGCCGAUUCGCACACGCUUUCGCGUUUUUCGCCAUUUUGGACAUAAAAAGGACCACAUUUUGAGAUUUUAGACAGUUUAAGGGAGCAGAAAACCAUAUUUUUAAAAUUUGUCUAAACAAUCUUUUUCGCGUUUUCUCCGAAUUUAGGCCGAUUUGGGGCCGUUCUCCACGUUUUCAGCCCACUCCGAGGCAAAAUUCGAAAUUCGGAAGAUUGCUCGAUUUGUUGUAGAUUCUCUGUAAUUUCCACCAAGACACAAACUUUGAAGCUUCCUCGCUAUAAAAAUCGCACUGCGGCUGCGCAGUUGGCCAUUGAGCAUGCGCAGUUGAACAAAGUGUUGAAUUUUGGAGCGAGAAGCGGGCAAGUUCAAGAUGGAUAAGGUUCGUGUCGAUGGGGUUUAACUAAGGCUCCACGGUCGCGGCCCGUGUUUUUGGGUUCUUCUUGAUGGGAUAUGGAAAAAGCUAACCCUUUUCCUUCGGAGACAGUGGAUGCACACUGGAAAAAUUCAGAAACGGUCCGAACUUUGCGCUUCAAGCUCCCUCUUACGGAAAGCGAUGACAAGAAGUGUCCGGAGUUUUCGUUUCUGGACCUUGUAAAAACUUCUACGCUCGCGAAGUCCAGUGAUACUCCGGAGAAAACCCCGUGGAAAGAAGAUGGAGAGGAAGAAAAUCUAAGAGCUUUGGCCAAGAAGUUUGAGGAGAAAUAUGCACCCAAAUCUAAGAAGCGAAGACGGGAUCGAGUGGAGGAUUUAAUUGAUGUUACCUAUGGCUAUGAUGAGACUGACCCGUUUGUUGACGACAGUGAGGCUCAUGAUGAGUUUAUCUCAGCUGACUGGACAACAGAACAUGGUGGCUUUUACAUUAAUCAGGGUAUUCUAAACUUUAGGCCACUAUCCCCAGCUGGUGAAAGUGAGGAUGAAGACUUCAAGAAACCAAAGAAAGUCAAGACUAAGACUCCCAAGAAAAUUCCAAAGGUGCCUAAAGUCAAGAAGGUCAAGGACCCCAGUGAAAAGAAAGAAAGAAAAAAGUCCACAGACAAAGAGAAGAAGCCACGAAAGAGCUCCAGUGGUGAAAAAGACAAAGAAAAGAAACAUAAGAAGAAGCUUAGCAUGGGAAAUGCAAACAUUACAAACCUUUUAUCGUCUCCCUCUUCCACUGCAAAGAACACUUCAAUUUCUGGAACAAUCUCUUCAAAUCCUGCUCUAAGUCCUAGUGUGGUUUCACAAGGACCAAACAGCACUUCAACCAGCCAGUCUUCUCCUGCAAAAUCACUGAAUUCACAGCUUAGCAAUCAUGGAGUUGUAAAAACUGAGCCAGGGAAUUCAGUCAUGGUACAUGUGAAUGGUAACAAUAGUGUUGCAGCCACAGAAAGUACGUCUAGCACGCAACCUGAUAAAGUUAUUAGUGCUCCUUCCAAUACUUCGCUUCAAAAUGGAAUACAAUCGGGAGAUGGGAAUUUAGAGGUGGUAGAACCAACUCUUCCACAAUGUUUACCUGCGGACCUGGAAAGCUGUAUCCUGAGGUUGAAGCAGGCUGGAAGUGCCAGUGGAACUGAGGGGAAAUGCAAGUUCUUUAACUCUGAUGUCAACCAUAUGUUGCUGGAGCUUCAAACCAAGUCAAGAACACUUAGUGGCAAAGUGCAAUCGGGUAUUUAUGAAUUUUUGGCUUACUAUUUGCCAUGCACCAAGGAGACAUUGAAGAAAAGAGCAAAGAAUCUUCUUAUAAAUGAACAGGCUGCUCGACUGAGAGAGCCAAUGGCUAAACUCAAAGCAGCUGUGGAUAGAGUCAUACCAGAGCAAGUUAAGAGAUUUGAAGAAGAGGUUAAGAGACAUGUGGAAGAGGAAAGUCAAAGACAAAGCAGUGCCAAACAAGAUGGAGAAAAUGCAGAUGAUCAUAAGAAGGAACUUUUCAAGUCAGCAAUGGAACUGGUUGAGGAAAGUGAGAAAAGUGAUGAGAUCACAACUCCUACAGAUCCAAAUGCACCUGCUCAGCCAGAAGAUAAGACAAAGAAAAAUGUCCCUAAGCGAAAAUUCAUUUGGACUGAUGAGUUAAGGCAGCUGUUGUGUGAUGUUGUCGAGAUGAAGAUCAAAAUCUUUGAAAUGUCAAAGACUAGAGCCCAGUCUGCUGAGGAGCAUUUGAAGGUCUUCUUUGAAAAUGAUGUACGACCAUUGUGGCCAAAGGGCUGGAUGACAAGCCGAAUUCUUUUCAAAGAAAGCAAGCAGGCUCAUGGAAAAUACACAAGUGUUCCAGCAAGAGUCUAUAAAAAAGCACCUGGCCCUAAGAAGCAAGGGGAAUCCCCAGAAAACCAGGACAGUAAUGUCGGCAAUGCUGAUGUAAAAGACGUGGCAAGUGCCACUCCAUCAGUGGUAGGCACUGGAAUUACCUCUUCAACCACGGCACCAGCAGUAGUACCAGCAAUUUCUGCUUCAUUAGCAACAACAGCCACAGCUUUAUCGGUUUUGAAGAACCUUGCACAGUCAGACAGACUUGCAGAUAUCAAGCCGACUAUAGCAGCUCUGGCCACUGUCAUACCGGUACACAAACCUGUUACCACUACAGCCAGUGUGACCAAAAUGGAAACCACUGCAGUGAGCAGAUCAGGUCCUGAACAGAAACCUCAAACUGUAUCAGUAAUCGCUGAAUUAAACCUUGCUCAGAAAGAUACUGCUCAAAAAUCUGUUACAGUGAAAUCACCUCCAUUGUCAGACAGUCUCCAGUCAAAGCCUGCUGUUACAAUAUUAGACUUUGCAGACAUGAUGAUGCCCCAGGGGCAAACAGAAGCAUCAAAAUUGCUCCAUUCUCAACAGGCUACUCCUCCAAAGCAGCCAUUAGCUUCUUUUCUCAACAAGAUGCCUGCGUCACCCAAGGAAAAGCCAAGAGAUCAACUGUUAACUCAUCUACCAAGUUCUGUGAUUACUACAACAACAAUUUCACUUCCAAUCCAAUCGUCCACCAUUUCACCUGCACGAACUCAAAUCACCAUGUCGUCUCCACCAAAAAUAAUUCGUUCCUCUCCUGUAGUUGUUCAGAGCACCAGUCAUUCAGGAUUGAUGGCGGCAUCUGUUGGGAGUCUUGCGGCAAAAGGGUUACCGAACAAGUUCAUUGAUCUAGCAGCAUCUUCACUAAUGCAGCAACAACAGGCAGCUGUCUCUCUUACUACUCCAUCUCAAACAAUUUUGGACACCAUCACUUCACCAAGAAGACCAGUGGAUCUCAAAAGCUGCCAAGCAACCCAUUCAGGAUUUGUCCCGGGAUUAUCACCUCAAUCCAUUGCUAUGUCACUAAGCUCUCCCAUGACGUCACAAGCACUGCAUCAGCCACAACCUCAACCUCCUAACCUCACCUUGUUUGGUGCUGCUGCCAAUCUGCACGGCAAGGCCACCACACCCUUGACACAUAUAGGGAUCGUCCCAUCCAAUCUACAAUCUGCUAUGCUUCACCUGUCUCGACAACAGCAAGAACAACCGUCUGGCAUUGUACUCCCACAAAAUCACUUUAAUCCAGUUCUCUUGGGGAUGAACCCAACAGCCAACCAGAGCUUGCCCUCAUUACAGCUGCCCCAUGGUGCAUUGCUGUCCAAUCAGCCUGUAUUUCAAGAUCCAAACCAAACUACUUCAAGCGGAACUCAUCCAUCACCAUUUUUACCUCGCUUCAGCUAAUUUUGUAAUUAAGACAGAUGUAUUCAUUCUCUGUACAGCUUAAAUUUUUGCCAUUUCUAUUUUAUACUUGAAUGCAAUUUAAUAUUUGUCAUAAAUACAAGGGAUAUUAGCCGGAAAAAACAAUUAAUAGGUAUGAAAUAAUGAUAGUUAUAGAACGGUUUUCAUUUGAGUGUCGAAAGUAAUUAGACAAUUACUUUGGUUUUGGUUUUGGUUUUGGUUUUGGUUUU